AUGGAAAACAUAAGACUUCGCUACUUUAAUGAAAAAGAGAAUAGCUACAAGAGUCAAGUUCACUACGGAAACAAUUCAGCCAAUGCUAAGAUAAUUGAAAGUCAAGGAUCAAAAAUUUAUUAUGAAGUCAAUGGAAAUGGCAAACCAAUUGUUAUUUUGCAUGGUGGAAUCGUUGGAUCGAUUGGUGAAAUGGGUGGACUUAUAGAUAAUCUUUCUUCUUCCAAUAAGAUCAUUGCAAUUGCAACAAGAGGCCAUGGGAAAUCAGAAAUAGGAACAGUAGAACAAACAUAUGAAGUUAAGGCUAUUGAUGUUAAAAAUGUUAUUGAAAACGAAACAAAUGAAAAAGUAAAAAUUAUAGGAUUUAGUGAUGGAGCUUAUACUGGUCUCUUCUUAAGUGCAAUGUUUCCAGAUAAAGUCGAAAAGCUUAUUGCUAUUGGUGCUGGAACAUGGAAGGCAAAAUCUAAACAAUUUCCAGCAUUUGAGAUAUUCAGAAGUUUAGACACAAAAUAUUGGGAUGAACAAAUGCUUAUUAGACCAGAACCAGAUAGAAUUAAUCAGUGGUAUGAUUCAAUUACUACUUAUUAUGCAAAUCUCGAAGUUGGAGAAAAAAUCUUUGGAAAGGUAGAAUCCCCAACACUUUUGAUGGCCGGAGACAAAGAUCAAAACACUCCAUUACAAACAGUUGUCGAAGCAUACAAAAUGAUGAAGAACGCACAACUUUCUAUCAUACCAGAUUCGGGCCAUGAAGUUGUCAGUCAGAGAUUCCAAGAAAUAUGGCCAAUCAUCAAAAAAUUUUUAUAA